CUCCACUGCUGGUGGGAGUCAAAACUUGUACAGCCAUGAUGGAAAUCAAUAUGGCAGUUCCAUUGAUAAUCGGGAAUCUAUCUACCUCGAAACCCAGCUUAUGACUCUUGUGCAUAAACCUCCCCCCCAAAUUCUCCUCCAUCCUGCCACAAAUACACUUGCUUAACUAUGUUCAAACUGGUUUAUUCAUAAUUGUCUGGAAUGGCUAUGUCUGUAAGAGAUUGUGUUGAUGAUUGAUGUGAGGAGGUUCUUCCAGUGAAUUGGCAAUAUCUAAGCAAGUGGACCUGGGAUGGCUAGGAGAGCUGGCUGAGCACAAGACAGUGACAAAGCAAGUGAGAAGGCCAGGACACAGUGUUUGCCCGUGGUUUUAAUCUUCAUUUUCUAUACCACAAUGAUGGAUUGUGACCUGGCAGAAUCAGCUAAAUAAACUUACCUGAGAUGAUUUUGAUUAGAGGAUUUAAUCACAGCAGCAGAGAAGCAAGUUAGAACAAAAAAUGGAACACCAAAAGUGAUUGUAUUGUUGGGAAGAGCCUGGGAAUGUUGUCUUCUAGAGGAAUGUAGAAGAUAUCAGGACUUAAAUGGCAGAAGUCAUAGAAAGCUCACACAGAGCUCAAUAGGCUGUUCUUGUAGGACAAGGAAGAUGGGACUUUUGAGAGUAAUCCACACAGAGGAGGUCAGGUCAUAGAUUUUAGUGAGAAAUAGACUCCAUGAAAGAUUAAGCUAGACAUCAUUUGUGUCUUAUUUUGGCCUAAAAUCUUUCUUAUUCUGUCCUUGCUCUGAGAAAUUGAGUAAGGCCAAAUUAAAAAGUAAUGUGCUGAUUUCUUAGAUGGAAUAUUGAAUCUGUUAGAUGCUUAUUACUGAUGACUCAUUCAGAUCGACCGUGAAAAAAAGCAACAAGUUGGACAGAAAUAAAUGACAACAAAAGGUAGUUUCAGACGGCAGUCAUGUGCUGAAACAGAGGCAGGAAUUUUCAAGGAGAUCACCAUUAAAGAGCAGGCCCUUUUCUACAGUGGAAGCCUAUCUAGGUACCCUAAGGGCAUCCUGUUUUGCCUUCAAUUAAUGGAAGGAUUAGGCAAAGUGAUUCCUAUCACCCAGAAGCAGCUUCAUACAAAACCUGCUGCAACUGUGGUCCAAGCUUGGCAAGGUCCAUCUGAAUAGGAAUCAAAAUUUGUGCUGGCUCUGGAAACAAGAAAAAAAAUCAAAAUCUCAGGUCAUGGAUUCCUGGUCUGUGGUUUCAGUUCAGCGCUCUUGCAGUCAUCUAUGUUUGGCAGAGUCAGAGCCCCAGUGAGGAUGCUGUGAAAGUUCAUUGCUUGAAGCUUUGAGCAUGAAGCCCGGGUUGCAUUUUAAGAUCGCACAAGACACUGAGAUACAUAAGCUAUGAGAUAUCUGCCAUGGAGAGCUGCAUAUAGGGAGUAGAAGUAGCCACAAAGAGAUACAUGAGAAAUUUUUAGGAAAAUGAGACACCUAAGCCCUUUGAAACUGAAGCUCCAUGUGUCUGAGACAGAAGUACAGGAUUUGGCGUUUGCCUUGCUGGGUUUCAGUCUUGCCUUGGUCCAGUCUUCCCUCACUGUGUUCCAGGCCCUCUUUGGGAAUGGUAAUGGGUAUUCUGUGCCAGUAUAUGUUGGAAAGAUAUAACAUGUUUUCUGAUUUUACAAGAUGUCAGAGUCAAGUGAUCACCUUGUGUCCAAGGUGUCCAAAGAGACCUUGAACAUUUGAAAGGGUAGGUGCUGUUAAAGAUAAUGAGGAUCAUUGAAGAUAGACUAAAUGCAUUUUGAUCAUGAGGUGACCAUAAGCCUAUAGUGACCUAGACCAUCCUAGAUAGGAUGAUGUAUUUGAAUACUUGUCUCUCCUUGAUAUCUUUGUUUAGUGUGCUUAUAGAACCCUUAGUAGGAGGAGUCUUUCUGGAUGAAAUUCCUCAUUGGAGAAGGGAUUUGAGUGUCUAUAGCCUCAAUCCAUUUUCUAUGCAGCUAUAUCUCUAACCCCAGCAACAACCCCCACAAUAAGCAAGCAACACACCACAGCCCAGACACCUUACCAGACAGCACAGUUUCUGGUGUUAUCAUGCCUCUAGUUACAGCUCCAUCACCACCAAAGUCCAUCAACACUGGAAUAGGAUCAUCAGUGUCUCCAGGCCUCAGAGAAACAAAUAGGACCAUGACAAUACCUUCAACAGCAUUAAGCACACCAGAGGAUGCCAUCCCAUCAUCUGGAACUGGGACACCCACUCUUCCUGAGAAGUCAGCUUUAACUCCACUCUCAUUAACACUGGCCAAAGUCACUUACACAAACAAACUUUUGCCCAUGAUGAGUAUGGCAGUUACAAAUACCUCUUCACCAACCACAGCCACUCUAAGGAGAACUGUUCAUAGUAUAGCCCCAUCUGAGAUUCAGGAAAGGACACAGCAACUGUAUCCCUAACCCCAGCACCAACGUCCUCAAUGAACAAGUCACCAGACCCACACCACAGCACAGUCACACAGACAUCUUCCCAGCCAGCCCAGAUGGGCUCAAGCACAGGCACUGGUACAGCCCAAUCACCUGAGCAUUCCAUAGCCCUUGUCCUUAGCUCAUGUUCUUUGUGUCUGGCUGUCAUGACUUCACCAUGAUUAUAGGUGGUAUCACUAAAUCCCAUAUGAGACUGUUGAAGCAAUUGCUAUUCAGUGCUAAGCCAUUUUAUAACCUGAGUUUUUGUCAAUUUUGUUGAUUUUAUUUUUGUUUUUGAAGAGAAGGUUUCUCUGUGUAGCCCUGGCUAUCCUAAAAGUAGCUCUGUAGACCCGGCUGGCCUAAAUUCAGAUAUCCAAAGAUUUUGGCUCCUAUGUCCUGUGAUUAAAUGUGUGCCAUCAUGCCUGGGCUUUUUUUUUAUAUAUUAUUAUGUGAUGGGCCUGGAAUGUAUGUUUUUGUACAUGUCAAGCAUAUGCUGUUUUGCUUGAAAUUUCAAAUCUGGCAGAGUGUACUAUUCUCUUUCUCAGGAUGACAGUACUCAUGACAUUAAAGCUGUGUGAGCCUUCUGAGUCAUUCAGUUGCAAGUGUGUGACAUUCUUCCUACCUAUUGUGUUGGUUUUCAGUUCUUUUGAAUGAAUAUUUAUCUUUUGCCAGUAUGCAUGGAUUUGCACUACAUGUGUGUCUGGUCCUCACAGCAAUCAGAAGAUGGUUUCACAACCCCUGAACUUGUAGUAAUGGAUAGUUGUAAGCCCCCAUGUAAGUAUUGGCAAUUGAGCCUACCUGUCUGCAAGACCAGCAAGAGCUCUUAAAUGCUGAGUCAUCUCUACUGUCCUAUGUUGUUUAUGAUCAGCAUUUACAUUGCUAAUCUUUGCAUUUGCUCAUUUGUAACUAUAAACAUGCAUUCCCUUUUAGCAAGAUUUUAUUAUUGUUAUAAUUUAAACUGGUUUCUGGAAGAUGAAAACAGAGCUGGAGUAUAUGCAUAAUUCUUUGUAGGAACUUCCAUAAAAACCUGGGAGUUCUUUCUACCAUUUUUGUACAAUUUAUUUUUAUGGGGGAGACAGGGUCUUACUAAUAUGUAACUGGCUAUCCUGAAAUUAACUGCAUAGGGCAGAAUCACAUCCAAUUCAACUAAUUUCACCUUUCUUUUGCCUCAUGAGUGCUGGGAUUAUAGGCAUGAGCCAAUGCACCCAGCUUGCCCAUCUUGUUUAUAGUUAGUAAGUGUUCAUUCAAUUUCUCUGAUGUAUACUUUGGUCUGUUUGCUUGCCUCUCUUUUUAUAUCUGUUAAUAGGCAUUUCUCCUGCAAGGCUAUAUCCUAGACAAAGUGUGAAGAAAUGACAGAGGUGAACCUAAUUGUUCAUUUUUUUUCUAAAAUGAAUUGAUGAUUAGAAUGUCUGUGUCAUGGAAUAAGUGUGGGGAUCCCCAGAAUUAUACUAAUAUAUUGUCAAAGAAAUACACAUUAGCAUGCUGUCAGUAUCACACUUUCUGUUGUAUGGGAUAUUUUAGAUUGCAGUGACCUAUGAUGAUGUGCAUAUCGACUUCACUUGGGAGGAGUGGACUUUGCUGGAUUCUUCCCAGAAGAAUCUCUACAAAGAUGUGAUGCUGGAGAUCUACAGAAACCUCACUGCUAUAGGCUACAGUUGGGAAGAUCAUAAUAUUGAAGAACAUUGUGAAAGUUCUGGAAGAAAUGGAAGUAUCUUUACAGGUUCAAAAAAUGUCAUACUGGAGAGAAACCCUGUGAAUAUAUUCAAUGUGCAAAAGCUUUUUCACAACACAGUCAUCUUCAAAUGCAUGAAAGAACAUUUUCUGGGGAGAAACCCUACAAAUGUAAUCAUUGUGAUAAAGACUUUGCAUAUGCCACUAGUCUCCAACUACAUGAAAGAACACAUACUGGAGAGAAACCCUACAAAUGUAAUCAGUGUGAUAAAGACUUUUCACGACACAGUGAUCUCCAAAUACAUAAAAGAACACAUAUUGGAGAGAAAGCCCUACAAAUGUAAUCAAUGUGAUAUAGCCUUUGCAAGUCAUAGUCAACUCCAAAUACAUGAAAGAACACAUACUGGAGAGAAACCCUACACAUGUAAUCAAUGUGAUAAAGGUUUUUCACAAUAUGUUAAUCUUCAAAUUCAUGAAAGAACACAUUCUGGAGAGAAACCCUAUGAAUGCAAUCAAUGUCGUAAAGCUUUACAAGUGCCAGUAGUCUCCGAACACAUGAAAGAACACAUACUGGAGAGAAACCCUACAAAUGUAAUCGAUGUGAUAAAUCCUUUUCACAACACUGUCAUCUCCAAACACAUGAAAGAACACAUACUGGAGAGAAACCCUACAAAUGUAAUCAAUGUGAUAAAGACUUUUCACGACGCAGUCAACUCCAAAUACAUGAAAGAACACAUACUGGAGAGAAACCCUACAAAUGUAAUCAUUGUGAUAAAGACUUUGAUAUGCCACUAGUCUCAGUACAUA